AUGGCAAGAAAGAGAAAUAGUAAACAAUCACGUCAAGUAUAUAGUCAGCCAUUGCCCGUGAAGUUAUCCACCGAGCUCUACGGACCACUUCCUUCUAUAUUCCCCCACAAUCCAUUGUCGUGGAUAUAUUUUGGGUUCUUCUACUUAAAAUGUAUAAUUCGUUCAUCUCCACAGUCUACCAUUACUCCAAUAAAAGUACACUUGCUGGUAGAUGGAACUUUUGGAGUGUAUGACGAUGCGGACAUGUUACAACUCUGGCAACAGGGAUUCUUUGGGAAGGGUACCUUGAGUAGGUCUGAUCCAACGUGGAGAGAGCGUACAAACACUCGUUUACAAACUCAGGGUAUUGCUGCGCUGACCUUGGAAGAUGUAACCAGAAAAAGAAGAAUGGAAAGAUCCGCAUUUAAACUGCAACGUGCUUUGCUUCAAGAAUUGGAAAUGAAAGCCAGACAAAACAUUAUUACUGAAGCUGAAUCCUUACAAUUGGAAGCUCAGAAAUUGAAAGUGGCUGCGAUGAGGAAACAAACUCCAGACAAUAACGAAAACAGCAACAAUGAUAAUAAUGAUAACAAUGCUAAAGAAUUAGUUUUUUCCGAGUAUAAAGAGUUAUUGGAUAUUAUUGAUCAAGAAAAACAUACUGUUGUGAAGAACUUGGAGUUUUUGCAGCUUCAGCCAAUUGAAGCCUUCUUCUUACAAUUUGGACUUGAAGCAAUCGAUAUUAUACGGGACUCUUCUAAACACAUGAACGUAUGGGAUACUUUUGUUUAUUGUUGUGAACAACAUACCGGAGGUCUUAUUCCAGAGAACAAGUUCAUAUUAGAUUAUGUUACAUAUCAUCAUUUUAGAUCUCAUGGUUGGUGUGUUAGAUCAGGUAUUAAGUUUGGGUGCGACAUGCUUUUAUAUGUUCGAGGCCCACCUUUUAGUCAUGCAGAACAUGCUAUUACGGUUAUUCUUAAUGAUGGUUCUCAUAAUGUUGACUGGUUUGACAUGGGAACACUUGCAAGAAUCAUCCAUGGUGUUAAAAAGAAUCUUUUAUUGGUGUAUGUUGAUGUUCCACUGAAAGAAUACUUUAAACUGGUGGUGGAAAAUGAUCAAUUAAGUGACCGAGAGAAAAUAUUAAAGUUGCUUAUGAGUUAUAAAGUCACAGAAGUUAUAUAUAGGCGUUGGGUACCCAAUAGGACACGGGAUUAA